UCUGAAGAGGACAGUAAAAAAAUCUGAAUUGUAUAUAGUCGUUUUUCUAUGGUCAACAUAUUAUAUAAUACAAAUCAAUAUAUUGGCUUUAUUGAUUUACUAUGUGUUCACUCACAGGGAUGAUGGAUCACAUCUUCAUGACUUUAGCUACAUUAUGAGAUCCGCCCACCGUUUUGAGGACGUUGAGACAGAGAAGAUAUGUGAGGAAACCGUGGAUGACAUCACACAGAGAGUUAAAGGGAAACUGAAAGCCAGUCUGAAGAAGAAGUUUAGAUGUGCGUUUGAAGGCACAGCUGAGGAACAAACUGGACUUGAUAGCGUUUACACACAGCUCUACAUCACACAAGAAGAGGUUAAUAAAGAACAUGAGGUUCAACGGAUUGAAUAUACAUCCAAGAGAAACAUAUCAGACACUCCAAUAAACUGCAAUGACAUCUUCAAACCAUUACCUGGAGAAGAGAAGAGACCCAUCAGAACUGUAAUGACAAAGGGAAUCACUGGCAUUGGAAAAACAAUCUCUGUACAUAAGUUCAUCCUCGACUGGGCAGAAGGAACUGCCAAUCAGGAUGUUGAUUUCAUCUUUGUUCUUCCUUUCCGAGAGCUGAAUUUGAUUAAAGAUGAGCAGUACAGUCUUCAUGGACUUCUGAAUGAAUUCCACCCUGAACUAACAGAGAUAGUAGAAGCAAAGAUUUAUGCUACCUGCAAAGUUCUGUUCAUCUUUGAUGGUCUGGAUGAAAGCCAACUGCCUGUGGAUUUUGAAAAACACAAGAGGGUGACUGAUGUUACACAGACAUCAUCGGUGGAUGUGCUGCUGACAAGCCUCAUCAAGGGGAAUCUGCUUCCUAAAGCUCUCCUCUGGAUAACCUCCAGACCAGCAGCAGCCAAUCAGAUCCUGCGUCAGUAUAUCAGCAAGGUGACAGAAGUACGAGGGUUCAACGACAAACAGAAAGAAGAGUACUUUAGGAAGAGAUUCACAGAUCAGAACCGGGCCAGCAGAAUCAUCUCACACAUUAAUACAUCAAGGAGCCUCCACAUCAUGUGCCACAUACCAGUCUUCUGUUGGAUUACUGCCAGGGUUCUUGAGCAAAUGUUGAGUGAUGAUAAGAGCAGAGAGAUCACAACUCUGACUGAGAUGUACAAUCACCUUCUACUCAUUGAUACAAACCUGAAAAGCAAGACGUAUAGUGGGGAAAAUGUGACGGAUCUGACCAUAAUCGUAGAAAGAAACAAAGAAAACAUUGUGAAACUGGCUCAACUGGCAUUUAAACAGCUGGUGAAGGGCAAUCUGAUAUUCUCUAAGAAAGACCUGGAGGAAAGUGGCAUUGAUGUCAGUGAAGCCUCAGUGUACUCUGGGUUUUGCACAGAAAUCUUGAAAGAAGAGCAUGGGUUGUAUCGGAAGGAGGUGUACUGCUUUGUUCACCUGAGUUUCCAGGAGUUCCUUGCUGCUCUGUACGUGUUCCACUGCUGUGUGAGCAAGAACAUCAAGGCCCUGGAGUCUUUCAUUGGGGAUGUGUCUUCAGAGCUGCCCUUGCAUGAGCUGCUGAAGAUGAUGGUGGAUAAAGCCUUGGAGAGUGAGAAUGGACACCUGGAUCUGUUCCUCCGCUUCCUUGUUGGCAUCUCAACAGAAUCCAACCAGAGACUGUUACAAGACCUACUGCCACAAACAGAGAUCAGCUCAGAGACUGUUGACGAAAUUAAGAAAUACCUCAGGAAGCCAAAUGUAGAGCAAGUUUCACCUGAUAGGUACAUCAAUCUACUCAUCUGCUUGACUGAGAUGAAAGAUGAUUCAGUACAUGAGGACAUUGACAAGUUCCUGAAGUCUGGAAAACCUGCAGAAAUAGAAAGGUCACCUGGUGACUGCUCAGCAUUGGUCAAUGCGCUGCUGAUAUCAAAGGGCGUGCUGGAUGACCUUGACCUGCAGAGAUACAACACAUCUGAGGAGGGGCGUUUGAGACUGAUCCCAGCUGUGAGGAAUUGCAGAAAGGCAAUACUAGCAGGCUGUAGACUCCUACCUGAGCACUAUGAAUCACUGGCCUUCGUUCUCCAAUCAGCAGACUCAUCCUUGAGAGAGCUCGACCUGAGGAACUGUACGCUGUCUGAUGGUGAUGAUGAGGGCAGACUGAGUGUUCUCUUUGCUGCAUUGAAACAUCCACUCUGUAAACUGGAGACACUGAGACUUGCUGGCUGUGAACUCACUGAGUGGUUUUAUGAAGUGUUGGCCUCAGUUCUCAGCUCAAAUGACUCUCACCUGAGAGAGCUGGAUCUGAGUCACAAUGACCUGCAGGAUUCAGGAGUGAAGCUGCUCUCUGCUGGACUGGGGAAUCCACACUGUCAACUAGAGACACUGAGGAUGUCAUUCUGUAGAGUCACAGAGGAAGGCUGUGCUUCUCUGGCUUCAGCUCUGAGGUCAAACCCCUCCCACAUGAGAGAACUGGACCUGAGCUUCAAUCACCCAGGUGACUCAGGAGUCAGACUGCUCUCUGCUAGACUGGAGGAUCCACACUGUAGACUGGAGAAACUCAAUGUGGAACAUAAUGAAGAAAUUUGGGUAAAACCACAGCUGAUAAAGAAAUGUAAGUGUGAUAAAGAACUGGAAUAG